GGUACUAAUAUAAUAAUUAUGGCUAGCUGGCUUUAUCCCUGCUGAGGCUGAGGAAUUCUGUCAAACCUUCAUUCUCGGAUCCUAGGGAUUUCAGCAUUCUAUACUGUUUCCCAGGCCCUGAAUCAAUCCUAACGAGUAAUCUGCUCGAUCACAAAUACAGCCAGUAUAGUAACACGAUUACAGUCUUGAUGUUCGCUUCUCCAUCGAGGGCCGAAAUGCAUAUGCACUAUCGUUGCGUUGGCAGUUGCUGUCAGCAAGCCACACUGCUUCGAUAGAAGGUCUCGAUCACAGCCUUGGUCGCUAUGAAGACGCCCUAUUUUGCAAGUCAAACUAUUUUCAUCAUUACUAACCUCUUAUCAUAUCGACGCUCCCUUUUAGAUCACAGCUGAAGCUGGACAGCCUUGAUGGUGUUUGAUUCUGGAGGCUAUGCGGGGGACACGGACACAGGAAGAGGGCUAGAGCUCGAAGUGGGAGACAGGCUUGUGCUGCAAGGCGUUCAGCCGCUACAAAAAAGAUCAUGCAACGCUCAAUUGAAUUACGCAGAUAAAAGGGUACCUGUGAUCUCCUUGUUAUUGUUCAAAUUUCUUUGUUCAAAUUCCUUCGAAUAUUUGAGGAGUGUUGACACACCUCCAUGACUUUCACACGCUUCGAAUUAGUCGAAAUGGAAGACGACAGAGAUCAUGAUUUGGAUCAUCAGCAAUCAGAAAUAGCGGUCGGCAAAUGGAGAAUUGGAUGGUUCACCCCAACCUUAAUAGCCACUGCCUUUAUUGCAGGAAUGCUCUCAGCUUCAGCUCACUACCUGGUGUUCUGGAUACUAAACGGACGAGAUGUGGAUUCCUCGAUCCCACAAUCCUGGGUCUCGCCGAUAUCUACCGCUCUUGGUCGAGCCUUCAGUAUAUCGCUGGGCGUUGCGUUGGGCACAGCAUACACCCAACUUCUCUGGAACAGACUGCGAAGAUCUCCUACCAAGAUUGGCACUAUUGAGUGUUUAUUCUUGAUGCAAUCAAACCCGUUGAAGCUGGUCAGUCUAGCAGCGCUGAAGACAUCGCCCUUGCUUUGGCUGGCCGCCGCCUUUAUUCCCAUCGUCCCUACCGCCACUAUCUUCCCCCCUGGAGCGAUAGUCGUUGUUCCUAGUCCUCAGACGUAUUCAUAUAAUACUCUGGUCCCAACCUACGACUUUGACUACAGAGGUCAAAAUGACUCCUACGAGAAUCUUGCUGUUAAUGCAUUGUUCUUGAUGGGUCCAGAUGGAGAGGUCAGGUACUCCAAGCCGUAUCUAGGCAGAAUUGCCCGAGCAACAGCGAUGAGUGGAUCCUACCUCACGACAGCCUCUCCCUGUGGCAGUAAUUGCACGUACGAAAUCACGAUGCCUGGGCCGGAAUUCAGCUGCCAGGAGGGAAUCACGUCGGACCUCUCAGCUGCUGUUGUAGAAAUGUACGGGAAUGUUAGCUUCAACGGCGUGUACCCCAGUCAAUAUAGUCCGCAAAUCCUGCCGGAGUUUAUUGCUGCCGAAAAACCACAGAACGAGAGCGACGGGAGGUUUGAAUUUGAACUUCAAUGGAAUGGCGACAGCAGCAUGACGUGUACGGUGUGGUACUCCGAGUACACGCUGACUAUGAACUAUACUGGUGGCCGUCAGGAGACAACCCUUGCUGUCAAGAGAGGGCAUUUGCUGAAUAGCACAUACCUAACAGGGGCCAAUCUGUUCUACAUGGAUAGUACCGAUCGAAUGACCUAUCCAGAUGAUUGGAUACUCUUCUCAGGACAGAAUGUUUCAACAACCUAUCGCGAAUCCAAUGUUCACUCUGUCUAUGUUUCUGUUACUGACGCCUUGAAGGGUGCUGCUUCGGGUUACGGCACGGAGGGGUUCUUCGUAGCAAACACGAUCAUCCUUGAAACCCCUCUAGCAAGCUACAGCAAAUCUGACGUGAACGACGUCACCAUCAACCUCGAUGCCCAGAUCCUACAAAGUCUCUUGCAGAAUAUCACGAUCUCACUACUUUCUCUUUCCAACACCAACAUUUUCACCGAAGUAACAACAACAAGAUACAUCAACCAGUACGAGUUCGCCUACUCUAAGAAACUCGUCCUCCCAUACGCAGCUGCUCUCUUCGGAACGUUGAUUUUCCUAGUGAUGGGAACCGUAGCUCUGGCUGAGAACGGGGUGGCGGCAACAGGAGGAGGCUUUCUGCAACUACUGUGUACAACGAAGGGUAGUUCGGUGCUGGAUGAUAUGGUAAGAGGUGCUAGCUUGGGCGGAAGCGAGAAUGUGAGCCAGGAGUUGGAAAGUUUGGCCGUGAGAUAUGGCGAGUUAACGAAUGCGAAGGGGGAAUUGAAGGCCGGAUUUGGGGUAGAGGAUGAGGUGAGAGGUCUGGUUAAGGGAAGGAAUUAUCGAUAGGUGUAAGGGGGGGCUCUUUUCACAACCAUAAGGCCUGAGGACCUUAGCCUCGGAUACCCCUAAGGGGUAUCAGUAGAACCUCAGGCAGGCAUGCAGGAUAGUCAGUCUAUCAAGUCUAUCCUCAGAGAACGGAGGUCUAUAUAAGCUAUAUGGUUUCCCUAGGUAUAUAGAGCUUCGUGCUCAACUCAAAUAGUAAUCCUUUUACUUAGUUACAACUGCCCUGAUCUCAAUCUACUACUUGUCGCUCUCAAUAAGAACCCUUUCCA